AAAUAAUUUUCACUGACAAAAUUUAUAUUUUUGGAAAGAAGACAAUAUGUGAGUAUGAAACGAUAUUUUUGUCUGUUUUGAUUUCAGGUACCUCAACAGUUACAAAAUUAGACCUCCAUGGUCCUGCUGAUGUUGUUUUUCUCAUUGCUGGCUCUGUUGAUAUGCAAGAAAAAGAAGGAUCCAUUUUGGAUUUUGUGAGGGAGUUUGUUAAAGAAAUAGAAAUUGGGCCAAGCAAUGUACAAAUUGCUUUCAUUCAGUACAACACAGAUGUGACAGCUGACUUUUUGUUGAACACAUAUGCACAAAAAGAUGAUGUGAUGAGGCAUUUGAGCAAUGUAAAACUGAAGGGAGGUGCCACUGUGAAUACCGGGGUCGCACUUGAUUACGUUAAAAAGAAUGUGUUCACUGCAUCAUCAGGAAGCAGAGCCCAGAGUGGAAUCCCACAGUCAUUGAUUGUCUUAAGUGGGACAAAGUCAGAAGAUAAUGUCUCAGACCCAGUGAACAGACUCAGAGAGGCUGGAAUUGUCCUUUAUAGCGUUGGAAUGCAUCACGCAAAUCAACAAGAGAUGGAGAAAAUUGCACACAGUGCUGAAACAAAAUAUUUCAUCGAGGAGAUUUCUGACUUUCCUCUUGUAACUCAACGUUUACUCUCAGCAGUACUAUCUCGCAAAGGCACAAUUGCCCCUGCUAUUGUGGACAGACAGCCAGGUGGAAGGGAUGUGGUUUUCUUGUUAGAUGGAUCUGACGCCACAAGAAAUGGAUUCCCGGCUAUGAGAGACUUUGUCCAAAGAGUAGUAGAGACGCUGAGCGUGGAUGACAAGAAAGACCGUGUCUCGGUGGUUCAGUACAGCAGAGAUGCAGCUGUCCAGUUCUAUCUGAACACAUACACAACAAAGGGCCAGAUCCUUGAAAUUGUCCGAGGUUUGAGACACAGAGGUGGAAGACCCCUCAACACCGGAGCAGCUCUCCAGUACUUGAGCGACAACGUCUUCACAGCCUCUGCCGGCAGCAGGCGGCUGGAAGGAGUUCCACAGGUCCUCAUAUUGCUAAGCGGCGGAAGGUCGUUUGACAGCGUGGAUGCACCGGCUGCUGCUCUCAAACAGCUGGGAGUGCUGGUCUUUGCCAUCGGAACCAGGAGCUCCGAUAGCAGAGAACUGCAGAAGAUAGCCCACGAUCCCAGAUACGCUCUGUCUGUGACUGAAUUCACUGACCUACCCAGUGUCCAGCAACAGCUUCAGUCCUCCGUGGAGGAUGUGGUGAUUGAUUCCACGCCAGAAUCGCCACCAGUGAUUGGUACGUUGACGUGGGCUGGGCACGGAUAGGCAAUCUGUCUUCCGUUUUCCGUACCUUAGAACAAUUUGAAGUCAAAGGAGGCGGCGCCAGUAACUUCCAAAACUGUCAAACCACGUGAUGUUUAGUCAAGCGGUAUGUAUCGCCGUUUCACAAGUGUGUUUUAUCGUCUGUCCUCCCGUCUUUUUGCAGCCGACACCGAUGCCAAAAAGGAUAUCGUAUUCCUUCUUGAUGGGUCAGAUGGCACAAGGAAUGGCUUCCCCGCAAUGCGUGAUUUUGUUGAAAGAGUGCUGGAGAAACUCAAUGUGGGGGCAAACAGAGACCGUGUUUCUGUGGUCCAGUACAGCAGAGACGCAGAG